AUGGCUUUUGAACAACAGUUAGAAGCAGACCGUAUUGACGAUUUCAAUUUGUUUUCCGCCUUUGUACGAGUUCCCCUUCGCAUCUUGGAAGGUGUUCUGGGACAACAUAAAGACAACAAUACUGAAACCAAAUUGGACGAUACCACAAAUUGCGAGCGAUAUCCAUCAGGGACAAAACCACAAGAUCAAACGGUUGGCAGUCCUUCUCGGGUAGUCUCGGACGACGAUUUGUCCAUGGGCAUUCCGAAACCACAAUUCGAGGGUAAAUCCAAUUUGCUGAGUCGUAGAUCCAGUCAUACAUCAUUGAGUGAUCUAGUCGGAGCACCCAUUGACAAGAGAACUCGACAAACUAGUUGGUCGGAUGAGAGUGGCCUCAAUCUCGUGGAGUAUUUAGACGAGAGUGUCAAGCAUGAUCCUAUCAGUCCGUAUGAUAAUGCUACCACGACGAAAGCUCCAGUUAUCAAGUCUGCCAUGAAGAGAUCCACAUCCAGACGGAACAAUGCACUGGUCUCGGACACGAAGAAGCGAUAUAUUCCCAAAAUGAAUCAAGCUAGUCUUGUAAUGCCAUCCAGAUCGAGGGGGAAAGAUUCGUCGCCGACUGGAGAAUUCAGUCCACAAUGGGGAUGGUAUACUUCGCUGACCCCACCGGAUGCUGGCAUGUACUCUGGCAAGUUGAACCACCACAAGAGAUGCGCAAGUGAACCUGCCAGCGUCUCGAUACCCGAGCAGAGAAUGUUGCAUCCACCGAUAAUAAAGGACGAGAAUCAAGCCAACCACGUGUUUCAAACCCUUCAAAAUUCGCAUGCACCGGUGGGAUGGACCAGUGUUCCAAUUUAA